UUCAGUUCAGCCGCGAAGCGAGUAAAGACGUGUUUUCUCCUCAACCCAAACACACAACUCACAACACACAAGAAACAAAGUUGGAAAUCAAAUCGCAGUUUGAGUUAGCGACACGUUUUAAGUGCUUCCAGUCUUCCAUACCGACUGCAACCCGUAGUUUUUGAGAAUUGUUUGUGUUUUUAAAUAAGUUGCGCGAGCUUUAUGAGAAAUGCAAAAAAAUCAAUAAAAAAAAAACAAACUAAAACAAAAAUAAUAAAAACUGAUAUACAAUAAUUCUUGACAAAAAAAAGUGCACGAAAUAAAAAAAAUAAAUUUAAAAAAGUUAUAAAUAAUAAAAAAGAAAAUUAAAUGAAAUACUUUCGAGUGUGAAUGUGCUGCAAAACAUUUUCAAGCUGUACAAGUUCUAAAGGCCUAAAAUGCUGCAAUUUUUAAUGUUUAAAAUAUUGCAUAAGAAAUACAAAAUAAAUUGAUAAUUCCAGUGAACGCCCUGAAAGGUGACACUGACAGACAGAGACAAGCAGAAGCAGAAGAACAAUACGAUACGAAGAUAAUCAGGCAGAGCAGGACAAACCGAUAACCAGAUAAACCGAUUACCAAAUACCGAAACCCCGAAGUGAAAACCACAAAACUUUGGACAUACGAUAAACCCACCCAACAAUAAGCUAUACACAAUGGCCGUGCCCUUUUAUCUGCCCGAGGGCGGCACCGAUGACAUUGCCUCGAGUUCAGCGGGCACCUCGGGCGCCUCCUCCUCCUCUUCCUCCUCGUCCUCGUCGGCAUCGUCGUCAUCCGGCUCGUCAUCGGGCGCAUCCACAUCGUCGGGCGCAUCGGAUGGCGCCAGCAGCAUCGCCUCACAGUCCCCAAACACAACCACAUCGGCGACGCAGACGCCGAUGCCGUCGCCACUGACAAUGCCACUGCCUAAUGACCAGGUCCUAACCGCCCUCUGUGAAUGGUAUCAGCAGCAUCUCCAUCGCUACAACUACAACAUGAAUAAUACGACGGCCCCGCAAAUCUUCCAGUACCCGACACCGCCGAGUCCCUCGUGCUCUAUGGCCCAGUCGCCCAGUUAUACGGGCGCAGAUGUAUUUUUUGCUCACGGCAAUCAUGUGCCACAGCCCCGAACACCGCGCAGCAGCAUCAGCUUUGCCGCCGGCGAGGAGCACAACUUCUUCCGGCAGCCAUAUCCGGCGCCGUCGACGCCGCAGCCAAUGCCACGGCAACCGCCGGCACCGCAGUCGGCGCCACCGAUGCACUACAGCCAUAGUUAUCCACAGCAAUCGACACACUUGCUGCAACAUCAUCCGGCCUCAUAUGGACACCCGCUGCCAGUUGGCGCCUACUAUGCCACCUACACACCGCCACCCACACCGAAUACCGCGAACGCUUCCACCUCCACCUCCUCCACAUCGGGGGCAGCAUCGUAUGGCCGACACGGUCAUGGUCCAGCCCUGGCAUCGACGCCCCUGGCGCCAACCGGUCCCAAGAUGCGUCUGCAACGCAGUCAGUCGGAUGCGGCCAGACGCAAACGUUUGACCUCGACGGGUGAAGAUGAGCGUGAGUAUCAGAGCGAUCAUGAGACCAGCUGGGAUGAGUUUGAUGAUCGCUAUGACAAUUUUACGGCUGGACGGGAGCGUCUUCAGGAAUUCAGUGGACGUAUACCGCCGCGCAAGAAGAAGAGUAACAACACCAACAACAACAACAACGGCAACAACACCGGCAACACCCACAAUGCAAAUUCAUGUGGCACUGAGAGCAACCACAACCACAAUCAGAACCACAGCCAGCAAAGGCAAUCGGAUGAGCAAAAGAAAAAGAAACAACAAAGCUUCACUUGGCCGACAGUUGUCACCGUUUUUGUACUGGCCAUGGGCUGUGGUUUCUUCGCAGCGCGAUGAGUGCCAAAUGGGAGAUGGAAUCAACAACAACCGCAUAAUUAAUUGUAUACUUAACUAACGAUCCAUAGUUAAAAUCGGCUAAUAUAUAGAACAUUGUAAUCCCAUAUACUUAUUUACUUAUCAGUAAGUGCAUAGUUUAUCAACGAAAAUUCGAGCUGUAAAAGGUAAAGUCAUAAAAUCGUACAGACAUAACUGAUACGCAUUAAAAUGAAACCCUAUAAUAUUGUGUAUAAAGUUAAGGACGGUUGACGGGACACAAGAACAAUAUAAAUAUAUAUAAACUAAAUUUAUAUAUAUAUAUAUGUACAUUUAGAAUAUACUCUAAAUUGUUUCUCUAAAACGAAUAGACUAUCCUUUCAAGAAAUACUAAGGAAAACAUUCAAACUGCUCAAUUGCAAACUGUAGACUGGCUAAAGACUAAACGACAAAUGAAAAGAUACAGAUAUUUUUGCUAAAAACAAAUUAAGUAUACGAGUGAAAACUUAACAUAUUUUUCGGUAACGCUUUUUCGCUACAGACUUAAAAGUAUUUUUGUAAACUCUAUAUAAAAUUAAGAAGUACUAAAAAAAAAAACAAACAAACUGCACAACAAGUUAAGCUGCCAUUUUUGAGAUACAUACAUUUGAGAUACUUAAAGAUACACACAGAUGCAUUUAUGUAUUGUGGGCCGGUCUCUUAGCAAUUAAAUGUUUGAGCAUUUUCUUUCUUGCUAUUUUGCAUUUAGCUUUGCAUUUCGUUAUUCA